GAUUUUUAGUCAACACCUGCACAUUGUCAAAGCAACACAAUUUUGUACCAGCCUCUACAUUUCAUUUUAAAUGUAUUCAUGGAUUGCGUCAUGGUUCACAGGAACAAAAGAAACGGUAAUGCGUGUCACAAAAGAUGUUCCUGAGUCAGAUUGGAUGUGGAUUGAAGUAAUAAAAGAAGAUAACAACCAAGAAAUAUUUAUUCAGACAAGUGAAGAACUACGCAAUCAAAUCAUGAUUUGCUCUAAAAUUUUAAAAAAACGUCAACAACGGCUUGCUUUUGAAAAUGUAUCAAGGUUGCGAUUCAGUAAAUCACUUAAUUUUGACUCAGCAUUUUAUUUAACACAAACGCUUUCACCAACAACUACCGAUAAUAUGUUCAAAAGUAAAGGAAUCGUAGUUUUCUCUAAACAUAUAUUACCUGAAAAAUAUUUUAUUCCAACUUUGAUCAAUAAUUACAUAGAAGUUGUUGAAGCAUCUGCAUCAAAAUAUCGAAUUGGAAAUAUGCUGAAAGUUUCAAAAAAAAAUAUCGAUUUUGAAGACAUUCAAAAGUAUGCAGUUGUCGUUGACCGAGCCUAUAAUCGAUGGAAGAGGGUUUACAAUGCAAGUUUAUUAGCUGUUGAAUGGAAAAAUAAUAUUUUAGCGUUGGAAUGGAACGUUGAAUUGCCUAAAAGUAUUGAAUGGAAAAGUGUAACAUUGGCAAUAGAGUGUAAAAAAAACAUGCUCUGUAUUGAAGGAACACCACAACUAUUUUUAAAAUAUUGUAAUAAUCAUAAAAAUGGAAAAAAUAAGUACUUAACUAUUGGCAUAACGGAAAAAGUUCAUGUUGUUCCAUAUUGGAUGCAAAGAAUUGAUGUCGAAUUUUUUCAAGGAAGUAAAAAACUUAUUCAAAAAUUGCCCUCUUGGAUGCAGAAAAUUAAUGUUGAUUUAUUUAAUUCAAUGCAACAAUACACGAUACAAAACCAUUGCUUAGACAAGACUUGUAAAAUGCAAAAUCAUUGGUUAGAUGAGACUUGUAAAUUGCGUAAAGAAUGGUGGAGAACUAUUAAUGUGAAUGAAGUAAGUCAAAGUUUAAAGAAAUUAAAAAGGUCUUUACAUCAUGUACCAAGUUGGAUAAGAUCUAUUGACGUUUUUGACUACUUGCCUUUCUCAACAAGUUUGAGGUCUGAAGAAAACUUGUUACCAGAAUGGAUGCUUCGCAUAAAUAUUUUCGAAGAAGAAUCAGAUUUAUGUUUUUCAACCCAAAAUUUAUCUCGAAGUCAUAAAGUUGGCAUAUCUAAAACAACUAGCCUCAAUGACCAAGUUAAAUCUAUAAGUACACCAGAGUCCCUUCAAAAAAUCUCUAGGUCGUUUAGCGAUAAUAUAAUUGGUGUUGCUAUGAUGAUUGCUGCUUAUACAACAUUGCCACCUUUAAGAUCUGAGAAUUGUAUCAAAGAUACAAAACAACAAGAAGCCAUAAAAGCUUGUCAUAAAAGUAUGGAGUCUAAUAAACCAAUCAAAAAGUCGUGGAAAAUGUCAAUAAGAAAAAAUAAAAAAUGGCUGAAACGACGCAAUACAGCCCAAAACAUUUAUGUUAAGAAAGGCAAACACUGUUCCAACAAUUAA